AACCCGCUUGCGGGUUGCCCAGCUGAAACGCUAUCAGGACUGCCGAUCUGGGCAGUGGCUGAGUAACCAUGGGAUGCAUGCAUUUUCGGAAGAAUGACUAAAGUGUCACCGCUAGGAUCGACUUCAAUACGUUUGGUCGACGUCUUCUUCACUGAGUAUGGAAAUUCGGCCAGAAGGAACGAUGAUUGUGGGGAUGGCUUAGUUGGGUGGUUGAUGGGGGCCGGGUAAGCCAAGGAUCAUACUACACUGCAGCCUGAGGCCAAAACAGGGUAGCCGGGGUGAUCGAUUUGCAUGUGUACAGUGUUCUAUUUCCAUCUCUGCGGAGGCGAUCAAACUCCAUUCUACUAGGACUGGCGGGUCCGGGCAACAUGCAUUCGGCGGUACAGAGAGCCUUGCUUCGAUGGCACGGCUUCUUACGUCUACCUCGACACCCACAGUCGUGGUAUAAAGACAGGUUGCGAGAGGAAAUCUGCGAACGACGCCUGGCAACGACCCCUUUCCAAAAGCUCAAUGAGACGGCCGACGUAUUCUAUAUUAUCAGCCGAGUGCAAUAUGAUAGUCAUGCUCUCCGAAGACUCCCCGAUUUUAUCCUUCCGCAUCUCGUCGUAUAUGCAUACCUGCUUUCAAAAUACACGUCGAGGUGGCAGUUCUACCGAGUAGCCGCUUCUUAUCAUAAGGUGCGAGAGGUCGCGUGCCGCCAUGGGAUCGAUCCGACCAGCUUUAUACGAGUCUGCCGUCGGCUUCGGAUGGUAUGGCCCCUCCUGCCGUGACCAGAGUGUGGUCGUUAGUAGACGCACCGAUGAGAUGGAC